GCUUAGUGUGUAACUGAUGGCUACUCCGACCAUUGCAAAAGAGACUUCUGUGUCCGAAGCCAAAUCGCUACCCCAUAACUCUGAUGUCAAACCGUCCCCUGACACCAAAGAUACAAUCGAUAUAGAACAUGUUCCAGUUAACGAUGAUCCACGUCAAUGGAGUCGUACCAGAAAAACCGUAACUUUGUGCAUUGUGUCCCUGGCUACAAUGGUGUCUGCGUUAGCGGGUAACAUUCAAAAUCCCUCGAACCUUCUGAUAGCAAAAGAUCUACACGCGACAAAUGAUCAGAUCAGCUGGACAUUAGCAGCGUUCAUGCUCAUACAAGGCAACUUUCCACUAAUAUGGAGUGCUGUAGCUGAGAUUACAGGCCGCAAGGUCGUCUAUUUGAUGUCUUCAGCUUUAUUUGUAGUAGGGAGUGCUGUCCUAGCACUUUCAAAGACCAUCGAGGUGAUGAUCGGCAUGCGAGCACUUCAAGCAGCAGGAUCAAGCGCUUUCUUGGCUAUUUCGGCUGCGACCAUGGCCGAUAUUUACGAGACUUAUGAACGCGGGACCAUGAUGGGCGUCUUCUAUGCUGCACCCCUUUUAGGACCCGCACUUGGCCCUAUAAUCGGCGGGUCAUUGUCACAGGGCUUCAACUGGCGUGCAAGUUUCUACUUCCUGCUGGUCUGUGGAGUAAUCAUCUUCCUCUCCUUCCACAUCCUGUUCAAGGACACAUACCGAUGUGAACGAAGUCUCACAUAUUGCUCUGCCCUGCAACGACGUCUUGCCUCCCAAGAACCUGUUCGGCGUCCCAGCGAGUCUACCAUCGUCGAAUCCGAGUUUAGCGAGAAUCAACCACAUGAUAAGGACCUUGAGAAGCAGUUCCAACUCCCGGUUAUUCCAGAGGAGACUCCAUCAGCGACCCAUACAAUAGGGCCAGACGAUAUUAGGCUAUCAAUAAAGGACAUAAACCCCUUUCCCCCAUACUUUCAAAUUUUGUCGCGAAAGAAUAACGUUCUAAUUCUUAUUCCUAAUGGACUUAUCUUUGGUUUCAACUAUUGUCUAUCAUACACGUGCGAACGCACUCUCGCCAAUGCGUAUGGUUAUAAUGCGCUAAGCGUUGGCAUGGUCUUGCUUUGCCUGGGCAUUGGGAGUAUCGCUGGGAGUAUAAUUGGUGGGCGUUGGUCUGACCGGGUGGUUGGGAAGAUGAAGGAAGCAAACGGAGGACAGUGGUACGCAGAAAUGCGAUUAGAGAGCUCGAAACUGGCGAUGCUGUGGCUACCCCCAUCUAUCAUCGGUUAUGGCUGGAUGUGUGAUAAACAUCUCAAUGUAGCUGCCAUUUGCGUUAUGCUUGUCCUUGUUGGAUUCACAUCUAUAUGGAUGUACGCAAGUACAUUAGCGUACCUUGUUGAUGCCAACCCUGGUCGCUCGGCCGCAGCAGUGGCCACGAAUAGCUCGUUCCGAGGAACCCUGGCUUUUGUUUCAGCUAUAAUUGCUGUACCACUUCAAAACGCCUGGGGAGAUGGCAUAUUGUUCACGGCAUGGGCUUGCGUCUUGGCUGCUGCUGAGUUACUAAUCAUAAUAGUGGUGCACAAGGGAGAAUCAUGGCGCAAGGAGAAUGAGGAGAAUGAGCGUAAAAUGCUAAGUAAAUGAAUAUUCACUUUCGAUAUUGUUAGACAUAUGUGGAGCAUGCAGGGCAGGCCUAUCUAGUUAGUUGCAGAGCGAUAGAAUCAAGUAUAUGUAACCGAA